CCGGAGAGCCGUGAGCUGCGUCCUCUAGAUUCCAAGGAGUCCCGCCGUGUUCGUGGAAAGUGUCGAAAUUUAGUAGUGUAACAGAAGUUAACCAGAUAGCCUCAAUACGCCAAAAUGUGUGACGACGAUGUUGCUGCCCUGGUCGUUGACAAUGGUUCCGGUAUGUGCAAAGCCGGUUUCGCUGGAGACGAUGCACCACGUGCUGUGUUCCCAUCGAUCGUUGGUCGGCCACGCCAUCAGGGUGUGAUGGUCGGCAUGGGCCAGAAAGAUUCGUAUGUUGGUGAUGAGGCUCAAAGCAAGCGAGGUAUUCUAACGCUAAAGUACCCGAUCGAGCACGGAAUCAUUACCAAUUGGGAUGAUAUGGAGAAGAUUUGGCAUCAUACCUUCUACAAUGAACUGCGCGUGGCUCCCGAAGAACACCCAGUUCUACUGACCGAAGCUCCCCUGAACCCGAAAGCUAACCGCGAAAAGAUGACUCAGAUUAUGUUUGAAACGUUCAACUCCCCAGCUAUGUACGUGGCUAUCCAGGCCGUGCUAUCGUUGUACGCUUCUGGUCGUACCACCGGUAUCGUACUGGAUUCCGGUGAUGGCGUUUCUCACACUGUCCCAAUUUACGAAGGUUAUGCUUUACCACAUGCUAUCCUCCGUCUAGAUCUGGCCGGUCGUGAUUUAACUGAUUAUUUGAUGAAGAUCCUGACUGAACGUGGCUACUCGUUCACUACCACGGCUGAGCGUGAAAUCGUUCGCGAUAUUAAGGAAAAACUUUGCUAUGUUGCCUUGGAUUUUGAACAAGAAAUGGCGACUGCUGCCGCAUCCACUGCUCUUGAGAAGUCCUACGAACUUCCUGAUGGUCAGGUUAUUACUAUUGGUAACGAACGUUUCCGCUGCCCAGAGUCGCUCUUCCAGCCAUCAUUCCUCGGAAUGGAAUCAUGCGGUAUUCAUGAAACUGUCUACAACUCGAUUAUGAAAUGUGACGUCGACAUCCGUAAGGAUCUGUACGCCAACAUUGUAAUGUCCGGUGGUACCACUAUGUAUCCAGGUAUUGCCGAUCGCAUGCAAAAGGAAAUUACUGCUCUUGCUCCGUCCACCAUCAAAAUCAAAAUCAUUGCACCACCAGAACGCAAAUAUUCAGUAUGGAUCGGUGGUUCUAUCUUGGCUUCACUGUCGACCUUCCAGCAGAUGUGGAUUUCCAAACAAGAAUAUGACGAAUCUGGUCCCGGAAUCGUUCACCGCAAGUGUUUCUAAAUAGCACGGAAUAUGGACACCGAGACUCAGACACAUCAAUACUACUAGCUUUAAAAGUGCAAAUUAUUUGCGAAAAAAAAUCAAUCAAUCUUCUGUUCGAAUUUAUCGAAUCGUCUCAAGACUGUCAUGCUCAUUGCGCUUUAGUACUUACGUUCUACCCUUACUUUAAGGAUUUAGAUUUUUUCAGUCGUUUAAUUUGCGCGCCACUUCCUUUGAAUGGACUCGAAUCGAAUUUUGUUCCAGUGAUUGUUUUACAAUUAUUCUAUUUAUUGACAUAACAAAAAAUAAUUAUACGAAAAAAUA